CUCUAUGAGAUUGAGCCUCCACCACCACUUUCCACGAACAAACACAACCUAACAAAGGACACACACACGAUAUAUCUUAAAACCACCCCGCGAUCAUUACGCCAAAUGCUCUGCUGAUCAACAGCACCCACAAAAUAUCAAUAACCGAAGCUGUAACCCCCGAUAUCGCGCCACUUAUCAGUCAACACCGCCCAACAUGGACCAAAUGAUGGGUGGCGGGGAUGGCGGACUCGGCGGACAGGCCGGGUUCCCCCUCGAAGCAUGGUUCUGGGAAAUGCCCGUCUGCACGCGCCUCUGGACCACCGCGACAGUCCUCACGAGCGUCCUCGUCCAAUGCGACAUCGUCAACCCACUCAAGCUCUUCUACAGCUACCGCGCCGUCUUCUACAAGCACCAACUCUGGCGCCUCCUAACCAACUUCCUCUACUUCGGCCCCCUCUCCCUCGACCUCGUCUUCCACGUCUUCUUCAUGCAGCGCUACUCCCGGCUCCUCGAAGAAUCCUCCGGCCGCUCCCCCGCCCACUUCUCCUGGCUCCUCCUCUACUCCUGCGUGUGCCUCAUCGCCCUCUCCCCCUUCGUCGCCAUCCCCUUCCUCGGGCACCCGCUGUCAAGCACACUCGUCUACAUCUGGUCGCGGCGGAACCCGGAUACGCGGCUCUCGUUCCUGGGACUGCUGGUGUUCACGGCGCCGUAUCUGCCGUGGGUGUUGAUGGGGUUUAGUUUCGUGCUGCAUGGAACGGUGCCGAAGGAUGAGAUUAUGGGUGUGGUGGUGGGGCAUGUGUGGUACUUUUUUACGGAUGUGUAUCCCCCGCUACAUGGAGGGUAUAAGCCGCUUGAUCCGCCGGGGUGGUGGAGGAGGUUGAUUGAGGGGAGGAGGGAUGAGGCGGAGGAGACGGCGGGGGUGAUUGAGGUGCCGCCGGGAGCGCCGGUGCUGGCGCCGCCGUUGGGUGGGGCGGAGGGGAGGUGAUGCGGGGGUGUUGUACGUGUGUUAGCAUUUGGGAUGGUCUUUGGGUAUUGCAUUGGUGGAGUUUGAUGGGAUGUGGAGUUUUGGGCCAUAGAUACCGGGCUUGUUGGCUGUGGUGAGCAGCGGGCAUAAAAUUGUAGCGUUAUCUUGAAUCAAACAAGUUGAUUCACUCUAUGAUGUGGAUUUCUUUGAGAUAGCUAUAAAUUGCUAUGAUAUAAAUUUAUUAUGUUAGCAACUGUCGAUUUCAUUGACAGUAUUCAGUUACUGAAGGGGAAUACCAUACCACUAGAACCUACUGAUUCCAACAAUACUAGCGAGUUGCUAUUGAGAAGAAAUGCUUGCCACAGUUCAUCCUCUGUGGAGCUGGUGUUGAGUUACUGUGAUGGUUUAAUUCCCGUUCAGAGCAAAAUCACUCUGACAGCAGUAUCCAGUUACCAACAAAGACAAAUCCUCGUUCAAGCCCAAAACGCUCUAACAACACUAUCUAGUUACUCUCCAUGAUAAAUUUACGAAGCGAGCAUGAGGAGGGAAACUUUACCCAUGUAUUCUAUGACCUAACAUCACAAUCGCAAUGAUACCCCCUUCAUCACAGCACACAGAACUCAAAGCAUG